CUAUGUAAAUAUUUCAGAUUGAUUAUUAUGAGAAAUGGAGAGAUUAUUUUUACUCAACUUGGAAAAAACUCGUUAAAUCCAAGAUUGCCAAAGCCUACGAAUAGAAAAAUACCUGACCUGAUGCCAAUUGGGAUGACCUCUAUAGACCAAUCUAAUUUGAAAGAUGAGAAUUACAAAAACGCAAAAAAAAAUGGAUCCAAAAAAAAUAAUGAAUUCGAUUUUUUUACUGUGAAAUCUUCACAUGAAAAUGAUAUUAUAGAAUUAGAUUCAGGCUCGGAUGAUGAUAUUAUCAAGAAAAAUAAGCUCAAUUUAAGAGAUAAAAAUUUAAACAUUAACUAUCCUCCACCAUUGCCUAUCACUCCACAAUAUAUGGACCAGCCUAAUUGGAAAUCUCUUCCGUCUAAUCCGUUAUUAAAUAUCAAUAUUAUCGACAGCAUAGUCGAACUAGAAUGGACUAUGAAGUCAUCUUAUCCAACAGCCCAAGUUGCAUCCUUUGAAUUGUAUCUUUGCAAAGAAACAAAUGAACCUCCCAAAGAAAACAUGUGGAUUAAGUUAGGAGAAUGCAAGAUUGAAAAGUAUCCCAUGGUUCGGAAUUUGACAGACUGUUCUAUAGGGUCGUAUUGGAUUGCUUUAAGAGCUAUCGAUGUUCAUGAUAGAAGAGCUCCUUUCAGUAUUCAUAAGUUUCAUUUUCCUUCUUACUAA